UGGGACGGUUCCAUCCGAUCCGACAAAAAACCGGCUCAUCCGUCUGCCCCUCCUCACUGAUCAGAAGUUGAUAAAGGUGAGCCUUGGAGUUACCAGUUAGCACUUUGACAAGAGCUGCACGGCAGGAGCCAAACAGAACCAUGCCGGUCCCCAAGAAAGCAGGGAAAAAAGAAAGCAGCGCUGCAGAAGAGAAGCUGCCGCCAUAUGAGCCAAAUAUCCCUGAACCAACUACCAGAGCUGACUUCAUGAAGUACUGGUUCCCCGUCUCUCUGGAUGACAAAACAGCACAGAAGCUGCUGUGGAUUUCUGAGGGCAGAGCCAAAGUGGCUCGUAUCUCGGACGCAGUCUGCCCUUAUCCCAACAGGCCUGAAAGAUACCAGGACUCACCACAGGUGCUGUGUAAGGAGGGCUUGAUGGGUGUCCGAGGCUACUGGGAGGUGGACUACGACGGCUGGGUGGUGAUCGGCGUGGUGGCGGAGAGUUUGCCCCGUAAAGGCCAGGAGGUGCCCUGCGGUCUCGGGGAGAACAAAGGCUCCUGGGGAGUCGGCUGGUCUGGUUCCUGCUACCAGGUCUGGCACAACGGUGAGAACAUUGACAUUAAGCUGCCGCCAUCCCCCACCGUGGGCGUCUACGUCGACCUGCCGGCCGGCGUCAUCUCCUUCCUGUCGGUGGAGGGAGACUCCGAGAAGGAGGUGCGGCUGAUCCACAAGUACAAAGCCAAAUUCGAGGAGAGAAUUUUCCCCGGGUUCUGGAUUGGAACAAAUUCCUUCUGUCUUAUCCGGAAAAAAGAUCACUGACACUUGAAAGGGAUUUCAAUGGAAGCCCAUCCAUCCCAUGAAUGAAAAAACAAGAGCCCACAGGAUGUCAUAAUUUUGACUUUAUAAGUCAUAAUUUUUGAUAUACUGGAGUAAGCCUCCUAAGAGAAACUAUUUGCAAAUUAUGACUUUGAAUCUCAAAAUUAUGACAUUCAAAUGAGAAAUUAUGACAUUAAAACUCAAAAUGAUGACUUUUAAUCUCAUAAUUAUGACUUAAAAACUUAUAGUUAUGACUUUUCUCUGUCUAUAUUUUCAUAAUUUUGACCCGUAUCCUCAUAAUUAUGACUUUAAAACCCCAAAUGAUGACUUUUUCCCAUAAUUUUAACUGAAACUCAUAACUAUGACCUUUAUUCACAAAAUUAUGACUUUUGUUCUUAUAAUUAUGAUUUUAAAACUUGUAAAAUUAAGAGUUUUAACUCAUAUAAAUGUAACUUGUAAAAUUAUAAAUUUUAAAGUCAUAUUUAUAAGACUUUUUACUUUUGUUUUCAUGAUUAUAAAACUCAAAAUUUGACUUCCUGGCUGGCUUUUAUUUUUUGGUUCAUGGCAGAAAUGGGCUUCCAUAGUUGUGGGAAUAAGGCAGCAGCGGUUUUACAACAAAGUGUUCGUUUUAGUGUGAUUGGAGAAAAAACAAGCUUUGAAGCACAACUGAAUACUUGGCGACAUGUUUGCAGGUUGGUUUUUUUUCUGAAUGCAUGAAAACACCUUCAGAUCUUCAUUUGUUUUUGUUCAUUUAAGUUAGACAAGAUAAAGUUGGGUGUUUUUAUUACUUUGACCUUGCUUAAUUGUCCUGAAUGUAGUCAAUAAACUAGUCUUCUUCACUGCGUCAGUAUGAAGUCGACACUCAACUGAC